UACCAAAAUAUUUCAGAUUUUACUCGAUUGAAUGUUUUAUUGAUUUCUUUAAUUUUAUGAAUUAUAUCUUUAUUGUAAAUUAAAAUUAGUUCAUUUGUAAAUAAUGUCGAAUAAGAACAAAUCUCUUGACGGUGCCAAUAAGAAUAAAAUAAGUCAAUCUGUAUGGAAAAAAACAUUAACUGCCAGAGCAGAGUGGCCUGAUAAGGAUGAGUUCUUGGAUGUUAUCUACUGGAUGCGGCAAGCUAUUGGAAUAAUUUUAGGCCUAUGUUGGGGUCUACUGCCUCUAAAAGGGAUUGUGGGGUUGUUACUAUUUGUGGUUGUGAAUGCAGCAGUGAUAUACUUUUAUGUGAACAAUUUCCAAACUGUAGAUGAUGAAGAAUAUGGUGGAAUGUGGGAGAUCACUAAAGAAGGUUUCAUCACAUCAUUUGCUGGAUUUUUGGUCACAUGGAUCAUUGUGUACACUGGACUACACGGGAAUAACAGUUUAUGAGACUCAAAGUAACAGUAGCUUGUGCUAGACUUAAUGCAAACAGAGACUAAGUACAAAGGAGUGGGAUUGAAUCAUGUUUGUCCAGAUGUGUCAGUAGGCAAUAAGAUCAGUAAUUAUGCUAUUCUAUAAGUUGGAUAUUUGUUUACUGCAGUUUAUAUACCACCUUAUUUAUAAAAAUUCAAAUGUACUAUAAAUCCAAUUCGAAACUAUCAGUUCCUUACUUUGGUACAUUAAUAAUAUCUUUAUAUAGUCACUAAUAACAUUAAUAAAAUAUGUAAUAACAUAAACUUGAUAAUGUUGUG